ACCGUAUCUUACCAACAAUAAAGUAUAGAAAUAUGAACGAUGGAAACCUAGGUUGCCAAAAUAAGGCUGUGGUUUGUUGUCUUCUGUUAAGCUGCGCAACCCACAACUCUUAACACCCUCAUCCUCUCAAGUUUCAAACCUCGAUCUUUCAUCUUUUUUUUAUAAGUUGCAGUAAGUGAAUUUUAAAUUUCAAGAAGGGAAAGCCCAAUUACAGAGGAAAAUUAGCUGGAAAUAAAAGAGAAGAGAGCGAUUAAAAGUGAUGGAGAAGGAGCUUGUGGAGUUGUUUGAGGCUGCCAAGAAGGCGGCAGAUGCAGCAGCAGGAGAAAACGGUAGCUCCGAUGAGGAAAGUCGCUGCCUUGAUGCUUUGAAGGAACUUAAAGAUUUUCCGGUCAACUAUCAGAUUCUUGUUUCUACGCAGGUAGGAAAGCGUCUACGGCAUCUUACAAAACACCCUAGAAGGAAGAUUCAGAGUUUUGCUACUGAUUUAAUAGAGAUAUGGAAAAGUAUAAUACUUGAAGAAACAUCACAGAAGAAAAAUGGUAUUUCCGGUGCUGGUAAUUCGGUAAAAGUGGAAUCUGUUAAUGGUGACAGUGUGAAGAAACCGAUUCCUGUCAAGGUGGAGAAAACCUCUAGAAGGGAAAGUGGUAAAGUCGAACAAAGUUCUCCCCGACCACAAAAGAUUGCCAAAACUGACCGAGGUCCUGUGGACAUGAAGUACGAAUUUGGCAGUGCAGUGAAGGUUGAAAGUGUUGGUUCAGCGGUGCCUGUCAAGGUUGAGAGAACAUUAAACCAAGAGAAGCCAGGCUCCAGCGCAAAGAAGCCAUCCACUGCUGGUAAUACUCCACCAAAGUUGUCUUCCAUGAUUAAAUCUGGGGACCCCAUACGCGAUAAGAUGCGAGAGCUUCUUUUAGAAGCUUUAUCCAAAGUUUCAGGUGAGGCAGACGAAAAUUAUAAAGAAGAAGUUGAUGCUUGUGAUCCAAUUCGAGUGGCUGUUUCAGUAGAGUCUGUUAUGUAUGAAAAGUGGGGUCGUUCUAAUGGUACUCACAAGUUUAAAUAUCGAAGCAUUAUGUUCAACAUCAAGGAUGCAAACAAUCCGGAUUUUCGCAGGAAAGUCCUUUUAGGCUACAUUAAGCCUGAAAGAAUCGUCAAUUUGACAGCCGAAGAAAUGGCCAGUGAGCAAAGACGAUUAGAGAACAAGCAGAUUGAAGAGAAGGCACUAUUUGAUUGCGAGCGUGGCGGCCCACCAAAGGCCACAACCGACCAGUUUAAAUGUGGGCGAUGUGGUCAGCGCAAGUGUACAUAUUACCAGCUGCAAACACGGAGUGCUGAUGAACCCAUGACAACUUUUGUAACUUGUGUCAACUGUAAUAAUCAUUGGAAGUUCUGCUGAUCUAAUAUUUGAUGGGAAAAUGGUAGUAUUUCCGAGCUGCUUAGCACAUGGGAAACGAGGAUUCAAAUUUGCGACUGCUUUCUUGUGGUAGUUUUGUAGUUGUUGGGUUUGGUUUAGCAGAUGAGAAGCAAGUAUUUCAGUGCUUUGUGCAGUUGCUUAUUUUCCGUUUCUGGUGGCAUGGGAAACACUGAUGGAGGCGCUUGCCGCUUAUCAAUUAUCAUCUUCCAAAUCUAGAGUUGGAGAGUAGCACUGUCAUAUUCUUCUUUGUUCUUCACCCUAGUUUAUUGUGUCUGAUCAGUUUAGAGAAGUUUUUUAAUGCAAGUUUAGACGAGAUUUAUUAUUUUAGAACAAUAUAUUUUCGUUUAAUUCAGAAUUUCUAAACAGUGCAUUGGGGCUUAGUUGAGGUGUAAUUUUAUAAGCAUGUAACCUUGGCUAUGAUGUAAUCUGCACAUUGUCUUAUUUCGUAAUUUGAUGAACAAUAAACAAUUCAUGUUCUAAAAA